AGCCUCGUCUUAAUAUUGGUAAUCCGUGGUCAAAUUUACAUAUAUUUGUAAUAUUAUCCUUUUGAGCGAUUGGCAUCCCGCUGUUUUCGAUAUAAACUUGAGCACAACGAUAAUAGUACCAUAAGCAUGAUCAGGUAUCGGGAGGUUAUUAACAAAGCCGCCAGUGUAAGAUGUGGCACUCUAGUUGGUUUGUUUCCUUCUUUAAGUUUGAACCAAAAUCAUUUGAAGCACCAUACAUGUUCAAGAGGGUUUGUCCGUCACCACAUAAUCAGCUUCCGCCAUACUUGUUAACAGUUUUAAAGGACUCUUCGUCUGAGCAGAAGAUCUUCAGCAUGACCGAGGUUAACACUGGGAUGACUAUCACUAACUGUACUUUUAUGGUCGACAGCGUCGAUCGACGGAAACAUCUUGCUCCGACAAACACCGCUGUUAUCGUAUUGAACUCUAUUUUCUCUCUGAUAGCUACGAUUCAAAAUCUUCCAGUAAUUUACGCAAUUGUGCGAACACCUUCCCUGCACAAUCCUCCUUAUAUCCUUUUGUGCUCGUUGGCUUCGACGGAUCUUCUCGUCGGAUUUAUCAUUCAGCCUUUGUACAUCGCGCACAAUGCCAUUCUCCUAAGCGGGCAACAAUUCAACUGCAGCCUUUGGAUGACGAAAGAGACACUCUUACUGUUGUUUAUGUUUGUAUCUAUCUCGACCCUGGUCAUGAUAAGCACUGAGCGUUGGCUUGCGCUCCAUUUUCACCUCAGAUACCGUGAAAUUGUCACAAUGUCGCGGACGCUCAAAUCGGUUGGCUCAACUUGGUUCUUUUGUACUGUGUCGGUUAUCGCGUGGCCUGCAGGGCUCCCUAUUUACUACUUCACAGCAAUCGGAAUCGUUGUCAUAACGAUAGCUGCAAUUUUGCUGCUUUUCAUGUACAUCAAAAUAUUUCUGGUGCUUCGUCGACACCAAGCUCUAAUUGACAACCAAACCAAGCUUCAUCCUCAAUCAGUCAGCAUAAGGAAACAUAGGAAAUCUUCCGCCACCAUGCUUUACGUUGUGGUUUUGUUCUUCAUUUUCUACGCGCCUACGUUCUAUGCUAUGAUUCACUAUUUACAUUCUAAAGAAAAAACGGCCAGCGUGGAGCAGACAAUUUUAUGGGAGGUGGCCAAGACGGUGGCGUUAAUAAACGCUUCCGCGAACCCUGUAAUGUACUACUGGAAAAUGCGGGAAUUGCGACGCGCCGUCCAAAAUGUGUUUGGCUCUACGUCCGCAACACGGGUUCAUGUGGGAGAUGUUAUCACCCCUGGAUCAGGGAGCAUGGAGAAUGAGUUUAGGAGUAGAACAGAACAUCAGCGGCAAGGAUCGUUUUCGCUUAGACCGCGAGUAAGCUGGUCGAAUACUGCUCUUUCUAAACCAGAUCUUCGUGAAGAUCAAAGUUGCUCGGUAACGAAACCACCGGAGAAAAAAGUGUUCCUCUUGCCGAGAUAUCUCGAGCCUGGCCCGAGCUUUGGAUGGCAAGUACCGUCAAGCAGCGAUAAAUAGAAAGCCUCAAGUAACAGAACGGGUCAACCGCAUGAUUUCCUUGAGUGUUCGCAAUUGCA